AUGGCGCUUUUGCAACUGGCUAAAGAUCUAGUGCAUCCCUCCUUAGAGGAUGAGAGGAGGAAGCACAAAAAGAAACGGCUUGUGCAGAGCCCAAACUCCUACUUUAUGGAUGUAAAAUGCCCAGGAUGCUACAAGAUCACCACUGUAUUCAGCCAUGCUCAGACAGUAGUUCUCUGUGUAGGGUGCUCCACUGUCCUGUGUCAGCCUACUGGGGGGAAAGCCAGGCUCACAGAAGGCUGUUCAUUUAGAAGAAAGCAACACUGAACACUUCGGCAUGUGGUUUUGGAUCUGUGUUCCUGAAAGCCUUAACAGUUUAAAAAUGCCUGUUAAUACAACAAUGUAAUUAAGAUUGAUUUUGUAAAAAUUACAUGCUACUGGUGCCUAAUAAGCUGGAAUCUCUUUUUCAAUGAAUGAAGUGCAAGUUUUUCCUGCAAGUUUGUAGACAACUGAGCUCUAUUCUUAUAAUUUUACUUUUAAACAGUGUAUUGUUAAUUGGGUGGUGUCAUUUAAUAUAAAAACCUUGGACUUGCUACAUCCUUCCCCUCAUUAAUUAUCAGCUACAGCUGUGUAAUGCAUAUCGUGACAGAAACUGCUGUAAGAAUGCAUUUUGUAUACUUUAUUACUGCAGCUACCCUAACUGCAAGGGUUGCAAAGGCUAGAUAGAUUUAAAAUGGCUCAUUUGCUUUCAGCAUUUCUUUAGUCCCUUUACCGUGUUGAGUAACAUGGUGAUAAAUAAAAAUAUAAAGUUACUCACUUAUGUUCAGCUCUUUUUCUGGAAUGCAUGUUUUUUCCCUCCCUCAAUCUGGUCUUGAAACUGCAUUUUGUAUUCUAUACUGAGAUAUCUAUUUAAAAAAGGAAAAAUAGUCGUUUGCGAAACACUGAAAGCAUUCAGUAUAGAGAAAGUAUAUGGUAUGUAAGCAACAGUAAGUCAGCAAACUACACUAACAGCUGUGAAUAGUAUCCAGUCAUUAAAAAAAAAAAACCUAGUACAGCAAAACCAUGCAUAUCUUCAGUAUUAAAUACUGACAUUAAAUAAUUACCUUUUUGCAAUGAGGAAACAGGUUUUUAGCUAGUUUUUAAAAGCCAUCCCUUUCUAAAUGGCUGUUAAAAAGUGGAUUUUUUGUUUUUUUAAACCACGAGAAAACAUUCAAACAAAGUCUUACAUGUAUCUUAUUUUACUAAAUAAUAUCUCAAGUUAUGUAUCAACAUCUCUUUCAAAGUAUCAGGUGUCUUGAUAAGCUAAUUAUUGUUGGGAAUUUCUAUUUAACCUGUAUUCUUUUUAUGACUUUUAAAACUUGUAUGUUUCUAGUCAAUAAAAAAACCCCAAAAUCUGG